ACUUACUAGAGGAGAAUUUAAUCUGUGAUUAUAGCAAUGGAGUCGAAGUAUCCGCCAGGUUACCGUUUCAUGCCGACGGAUGAAGAACUCAUCUUUGACUACUUACUAAAGAAGAUCGACAAUCGGCCUUUAGCAGCCGACGUUAUUCAAGUCGUCAACUUUUCCGAUCAUGGUCCCGAUUAUUUGUCACGCGAAUAUCCUCCAGUUGGAGACAAGGAAUGGUAUUUUUUCACCCCGAGGAUUCGAAAGUAUGCCAAGGGAUCGCGGCCUAAUCGAACUGCAGGCAACGGAUUUUGGAAAGCUAGUUGUGCCGACAAGGAUAUUAAAUUUAAUAAUAAAAUUAUCGGACACAAGAUGACUUUGGUUUUUCACGAAGGAAUAUCAUCAAAAGACGGGAUUAAGACCGAUUGGAUCAUGCAUGAAUAUACAGCGAUUCAUCCUUCCCGGAAUAAAAGAGAUGCCGACGACAACAUGAAGUUGGAUGACUGGGUUAUUUGCCGUAUUCAUAAGAAUGUUUCGAAAUCAAGCAGUGCUAAUAAACGGCGGGCUAAUCUCCUAGAAAAUCAACAACAAGAAGAACAAGUUGCGGUAAGAGAAAAUCGACAAGAAGAAGAAGAAGAACAAGUUGCGGUACGAGAAAAUCGAGGAGAGGAAGAUGAAGUUGUUGCAUCAGACCGAGUUCGUGAAGUUGUUGAAGCACAUGAUAAUUUGAAUGAUCAAUAUUAUUAUGGGAUUAAUAAUAAUAAUAUUAAUGCGGCCGCAAAUUCAAACGCAAACGCAAACGCAAACGCAAACGCAAACGCAAUGGAUAAUUGCAAGGACGACAAGGAAGAAGAGUGGUUGGACGACGAUUUUGUAGACAUUAAUCAACUAUUAAUGUCGAUGGAAGAAGAAGGUUUUAUAAUAGACAUUAAUGCACUAUUAAUGACGAAAGAAGAAGAAGAAUGUUUCCAGGAACGAUUAUCACAAGUUCAGCAACCAAAUCAGCAAGGGAGUAUUUAUCAGCAUGCUCCAAAAUGAUAAAGAAGACAAUACUGAAUCAUUUAAUCUUCUUUAGCGAUCGA